AUGGCACAGAAGGUUGAAUCUCGGCUUGCCCAAAUCAUCCAGUAUCUUCACUUCCUCAAGCACCUCUCUCUCAUCAAGGUAGCCAAGGCACAAGACCAGGGACCAAAAUAUGCACCUGGCCACCGUGCAAGCUCUUUUGUUGUCGACUAUUUUAUGAAGACGAUGCAUGUCGAUUGGGAUGACAUUGAUGAGAGGGAGCGAACUGAAUGUCGACGGCGGUAUCUCCGAAAAAAUCGACAGGCCAGGCGAUGGAUAUUAGUUGCCUCAAAGUUAACCUUCGGGAUUCUCCUUGUUCCAAGCAAACUCUUGGAAAGCAAAGUGAACGAUGCUCAUAUUACAGAAAGCUACCUCAUUUCUAUGAUGGAUACUAUAGCUAUUGAGUGGCCAAGGGUAGCCCAGGAUCUCCAUCAUCUGGACCAGGCUGUCCGGAGCGUUCUCAACAGUUGUGAGGCUAUGUCCAUGGUGGAUGUUGACCUCGCAGUAGCUGAGGUUGACAAUGUCUUGUGCAAUCAGCCCCAGCUGAAGCCAAGGAACCAAACUCCUGUUUAUUCACCCAAGUCACCCUGCAGCCACAUGAGUCCUGUGAGUGACGCAGAAACCUUUGUCAAUCUUUCUCCAAUAUUUCCAGAUGACGAAGACAUGUUCCCUAGUCCAGAUGACGACGAGCCCAUAACUGACUGA